UCUGGCAAAGAGAGUUCAAAUUGGAGCGAAUAGCAACUCACUCCUAGAUAUGUGUACACCAUGAUAUGCGCAAGAAUCGAUCGCCAUUUUUACUUCAUCUUGACAUUGACGGUGCGGCCAUCACAAAAUGUCACCAUGAGUGCAUCCCCCGCGUCGUCCGAGACGCGAGCAUGAUCGACAAUGUCCCGCGCUUGGACCUUGAGGGAGUCGAUCGCACUGCGCUUGUCGCUUUCAUGCAGAUAAUCACACCCAGGAAAUUGACAAUUGGGAUUGUUGCACUCGACCGUCUUCCAUACGUCUCCAAUCGAAAUCGCCCGAGUGACUCCAAUGAUCUUGAGCUCUUGGUUCGAGUGACCGUAAUUGCACGAUUGAUUCUUGCACACAGUAUACUUGCACUUGGCAAAAUACCGCGGCUUCACGCCGAGCUUGUCGCGUCGCACGAGUUCGUUGUAUACAUCCGUAGUAAACUUAGUCUUCGAGAUAGGAGGGGUCUGCAUUGGUGUGACCACGUUGACUGGAGCACGGUACACAGCAAUUGGCGACGGUGCAGGGGCCGCGACUGGCAGUGGUGGAAACCCCGCGGGUGGUAGUAGUGGAGGUUGUUGGCGCGGCACAGCCAGCAUGUCCUGUGCAGUCGCAGCAACCACGACCGGCGAUACAUGCAGCGAGACCGGCAUAUCUGGCGGCGGGCGUGGCGACGAUAUUUCGUGCUUGGACGGAGGCGAGGGCAACGGCGCAGCGGUGGUGGGAUACCGGUGAGCCGGAGGCGUCACCGGCGGCGAUGCCUGGCGGUCGCUGUCAUGCGUUGGAGACGGAGAUCGCUCGAUUCCAGGGUACGUCGACGACCGGCCGUUUGGUGCGCUAUCCAGUCGCUGCCAUCGGACGAAUGCGUCGUGGAGCCAUUCCAAGCAGCACACAAUCGUUUGCAUUUGCACGUACGCGAUCGUGCUCCAGUACUUUUUGACGCAAUCGACAAUUGGCACGUGGUUUGGGUACUGGUCACUCUGAUGGCCGUGCGUGUCCAUGUUCUUAAAGAUCUGGAAGCCUGAGAUCCCCCAGCGCACCGAGCGAAGGAAGGUAUCGGCGGUCUCAUUCUUGGUCACGCGAAAAUGACGGUUGAGGUUGUCGAACUGAGCUAUCGCGUCCUUGAAUGACAUGGGGUUGUCGGGACUUCUUCCCAGUGCGUCGUUCACGACCAGACCCACGACCAUCUCCAUCUUGCUGCGGAAAACGCCAAACCCAUUCCACGCGUCCUCCGUGAGUUCAUCCCCAAAUUUGCCGAGAACCGUCCGAAACUUUAGCUUGAACUCGCGUGUCUCGAGGAAGUCGCCGAAGUUGCAAUGCAGAAGGAAGUCGAUGCGCGGAGGAAGGGCCGACAUGUUCUCGUGUGGAAUCUGUCGUACCUG